AUGUGCACCACCAUCCUGCUCCUCGGCACACUGGUCAUGAUGCUGCGGCGCCGCUUCUUCAACAAAGUUGAACC